GAGGAGCGGAAAGAUGUCAUCCUCCUCACUACACCUGUGCUGCCGCCUCCUGGACGGACGCGACUCCUUUGCAGCGUCUGUAGCCUGCUAUAAGUGAACGGACAGCUUAUGAGCCCCACUCAAAGCGAGAGAACCACACACGAGGAGCGGGAUGGCGCGGAUAUCAAUGCCUCACCUCCACCUCCUUCUCGCGGGGCUCUUCCUAACGGGGACGUUGCCAGUCCGAGCAAACAGAGGAGCAACUGUGCCCGACGAAGAAAAAAGAGAUAAAGAGAGCCACGCGGAGGCGCCAUGUGAGGUGAAAACCGUAACCGUGUCCACCUUGCCCGUACUCCGGGAGAACGAGUUCAGCUUCACCGGUGGAGCUUCGGGGAACGUGGUCGGAGGAGGGGGAGCUGCUGGAGGAGGAACUGGUGCUGCUGGUGGUGGUGGUGGAGGAGGAGCAGGAGGAGGGGGGGAAUCCCGACUCCUGUUAUUCGUUAGAACAGACCUACCUGGGCGAAUUUCCGUAAUGGAUGAUCUUGACAACACAGCUCUCCCCUACUUCACACUCGAGAUGUCCGGUACGGGACAAGAUAUUUCUCAGGUACACUGGAAGCAGCAGUGGUUGGAAAAUGGGACGCUGUACUUCCAUGUGUCCAUGACUGAGUCGGAGCUUCUCGCCCAGACAACACAACCAACAGCUCGGGAGCCUGCUCAUGCCCUACAUGAACACAUGCAUAUGCUACACAUCUCAGUUAUGGGAGGCCUCAUUGCUCUCCUCCUCCUUAUUCUCCUCUUCACCCUCGUCCUGUAUACGCGCCACCGGUGGUGCAAGCGCCGCCGUAUCCCACAGAAGAGCGCCAGCACCGAGGCCACCCAUGAGAUCCACUACAUCCCCUCUGUUCUACUGGGACCCCAGGGCAGAGACAGCUACCGGGGCUCUCGAAACGCACACCAGCACGGGAACUCCGUCAUCGGUAUGCCCAUCCGGGAGACCCCCAUUCUUGAUGACUACGACUGCGAUGACGAUGACCAAUGUGGACACUCCCUUAACUCCACGCCAAACCAGCUCCACAACAAGCUGAGUGACGGGAAGUUCCAUGAGGACUACGGGGUUAACAUCGGAGGGCACACAGACAUGACGUGCAAAGAGAAUGAGAUUAAACAUAAUUUCGAAAUACGAGCCAUUGACCCAAACACAGAGUCAGUAGAGGAUUUGAUGCAGAGGUUCCAGGACAGUUUCCGUGUUCCAAACACUGCAACGGACAUGUCUCACUACCAGCACGUCAUGCACAGCUCGUCAACGGGCCGCCGGAGGGUCCCCAGCCACACCAGAGCACCUGGAGGUGUGUUUGGUCCUCAAGGGGAAUCAGGCUCUGAGCCCGAAGACGACAGCCAGAUGAAGUUUUACACAGAACAGCACAGAGGACGAAGGCGCAGCAAAGGCCUCCCGCACAGUCCUCUAAAUAAGGUCACCCUGACGUUGAUAACCAUCAGCACAUGUGUCAUUGCCAUUGUCUACGCCACGCAGGAGCCCUGCCCCCUGACUGUCAAGGUUACCCUCCAUGUGCCUGAGCAUUUUGUUGCAGAUGGAAGUAGUUUUGUGGUAAGCAUGGGCAGCUUCCUGGAUGUUUCUAAUUGGCUAAACCCAGCCAAGCUAACUCUCUACUAUCAGACCAAUUCGUCCACACAGUGGGUGCUUGACUACUGCGGCCAGAGGACUACCGAACCGUGCGAGCAGAUUUGUGAUAAGGACACAGGAGAAUGCAGCUGUCAUGAGGGUUAUUCCCCUGAUCCUGUCCAUAAACACCUCUGUGUUCGCAGCGACUGGGGUCGAAACGAAGGUCCUUGGCCGUACGCUGACCUGGAGAAGGGCUAUGACCUAGUUACAGGGGAGCAGGCCCCAGAGAGGAUCUUCAGAUCAUUCUACAGUAUGGGCCAAGGGCUGUGGCUGCCAGUCAGCAAGAGCUUUGUGGUGCCACCAGUGGAGCUGUCAAUCAACCCCAUCGCCAGCUGUAAGACAGACGUGCUGGUUACUGAAGACCCAGGAGAGGUCAGGGAAGAGGCCAUGAUGUCUACUUACUUUGAGACAGUAGAAGACCUACUGGAGUCUUUUGGGCCUGUCCGUGACUGCUCCAAAGACAACGGUGGUUGUAAGAAGAACUUCAAGUGUGUGACUGACCGACAGACAGACUCAUCUGGCUGCAUAUGUCCUGAGGGGUUGAGGCCAAUGAAGGAUGGCUCAGGUUGCUAUGACUACUCUAGGGGCAUUGACUGCACCGAUGGCUUCAACGGAGGCUGUGAACAGCUGUGUCGCCAGCAGCUCGUGCCCCUUGAAGAUGACCCUAGCUCAAGCAACAUGCUCAUGUUUUGCGGGUGUGUUCAGGAGUACAAACUGUCAGGGGAGGGGCGCUCCUGCCUCCUGCUGUCAGACAACUGUGAUGGACCAAAGUGCCCCCGGCAGGAUGUCCACUUCAAUGACACCCUGUUUGGUGAGAUGCUGCAUGGAUACAACAACAAAACCCAGCAAGUCAACUUGGGACAGAUAUUCCAAAUGACCUUCAGGGACAACAACUUCAUCAAGGACUUUCCGCAGCUAGCCGACGGUCUCAUGGUCAUCCCCUUGCCAGUCGAGGAACAAUGUCGGGGGGUGUUGUCCGAGCCCCUGCCCAACAUGCAGCUCCUCACAGGGGAUGCCCAAUUCAGUGAGGCAGCAGGCUAUCCUAUGGUUCAACAGUGGAGAGUGCGCAGCAAUCUGUACAAAGUCAAACUCAGCUCCAUCACCUUAUCUACAGGCUUUUCUAAGGUGCUGAAGACACUGUCAGCUGAGAGCACACGCGAGGAGCUGCUGGCUUUUCUCCAUCAAUAUGGCAGCCACUACGUGUCUGAGGCGCUGUACGGCUCUGAGCUCGGUUGCAGCAUCUACUUUCCCAGCAAGAAGGCCCAGCAGCAACUCUGGCUGCAGUACCAGAAAGAGGCGACAGACCAAGGGGUUAGUGGCGGUGCGCGGCGUGAGCUGAAGUCGGUCCCCUUCAUCAGCUACCUGUCAGCAAUGCAGAAGAGCCAGCUGUUGUCUGACGACAUGGUGAGUGGCGUGGAGAUCCGCUGCGAGGAGAAGGGCAGCUGUCCAGCUGGCUGCCACCUGUGCCAUCACCAGGCCGUGGUGGGAGGGCUGUCAGGGAGAGGCCGCACCGGUAACAGCAGGAGUGGAGAGCCGCCUUCCCCCAUCCCUGUGCUGCUGGAAGUCAGCCGCGUGGUGCCCCUCUACAGCCUGGUCCAAGACAACGUCACCAAAGAGGCCUUCAAGAGCGCCACAAUGAGCUCAUACUGGUGUGCUGGAAAGGGCGAUGUCAUUGAUAACUGGUGUCGCUGUGACCUGAGUGCCUUCAGCAAAGAUGGCCUGCCUAACUGCAGUCCCCUCAGGCAGCCAAUUUUGCGCCUAGCCCCUUACCUGGAGCCCUCAAGCACAAUGGUGGCCGUGGAGUGGGUGGACGUGGAGCCUCUGAUUGGCUGCAAAGUCUCUGACUACAUCAUCCAGCAUAAACGAGUGGAGGAUCCCUCAGAGGCAGAGGUCUACACAGGUGAAGUUAUAAGCUUGGUGGAUGAUCUGUUCUCUGGUCUGGGUUCAUCCUGUGUUUUUGCCGGGAAAAAGACUGGAGACCAUCCUCACUCUGUGCUGUAUUCAGUUGUCUUCAAGUGCCUGGAACCCGACAGUCUCUACAAAUUUACUCUUCAUGCAAUGGAUAGCCGAGGCAGCCACUCUGACUCAAGCUUCGUGUCAGUACGGACAUCUUGUCCAAUGGUGGAUGACAGUCGAGCCGAAGAGAUAGCGGACAAGGUCUACAACUUGUAUAACGGCUACACAAGUGGCAAGGAGCAGCAGAUAGCCUACAACACAUUGAUGGAGGUUCCUCCUCCACUGUUAUACAGAGUCCAGCAUCACUACAAUUCCCACUACGAAAAGUUUGGAGACUUUGUCUGGCGAAGUGAAGAUGAGCUGGGCCCCAGAAAAGCCAACCUGAUACUACAUAGGGCGGAGAAGAUUAGCAACUACUGCCGGUCCCUCCUGCGCAGCACCAACAUCCGGAGCCGCACCGACACCAUGCCGUAUGUCUACUGCAGGAGUGAAGAGGGGCAACCUCCCAGUAACACGUGGCAUGGCUCUUUACAUGAAAGUCGCACUUCAUGCAUGGAAAAGUUAAUAUCUGUGCAGCGUAACACAUACAGCAACACCAAGCUCCGAUGAGACAGGAGUUUGUAGAAGGCGGCGGUGCAUCUUUGUCUGUUUGUUGCUUCAAAAUGACGUCAAAAAUGGAUGCAACUCCUCACCCAGUCUGCAGCAGUGGUCUCUCACGGGACUGAUGGAUUUUCCAAAACCAUGAUAGCCCAAAAAAAACUCAGUUCACUGGACAUUGUGUUAAAGCUACACAAAAAAACAUUUUUGUGUGGCCUACUUUUAAUAGAAGACUGAGGAUAAAAAAAGAACUGGAGUGAAAAUAUUUCUGCAAAAUGGCCGUGAUCGCACAUAUCAAUGAGAGUUGUAGUCUGAACAUGUAAAAUAGAAUUCAGCCAAGAGAAAAACUGGUUGGCUUAAAUACUUUGAAUGUAAUAUUGUAGUUCCUUUUGUUGGUGCUUUGAAGCUUUCUUGGAACACUUAAAAGAGAAAAAAGUUAAAAAAAUAUAUUAGCAUAACUUAUUUGCCUUUACUGUUAUAAUUUGAAAGGAGAAACCGAAAUGUGUUAAGCCAUUUAAAAAUCACUUUCUUAUGUUCUAGUUCCCAUUAAGUAAAAAAAAUAAAGCAUUUUUUUAUGAAUGUGAAAUAAGUAAGUGAGAAACUAUGUACUAAGUCUUGUAUUACUUUUGAUAGAUUCAAUUGAAAUAGCAAGGCUUUGUGUGGGAACUAUAUUGAUCAAUAGGCUACUAUAAGCCUGUUUAAAUUAUGCAAAGACAUGGAGGGUGGCAUUUGAAAAUCAUAUUCAGUUAUAGGUAUUUUAGUUAAUACUUUUAAUCCAGAAAUCUAGAAAUCACCUAUAUUAUUAAUACUACAGUACCCAAAAUGAAUACUAUGGACAAUUACAUUUUUUAAUUGUUUUCAUAGACUAGAAACAAACGUGAACAAAGUGGAUUAUGCACCCUGAACAAAAUAUACAAUGCAUUAUCCACGCUGAAGUAAAUGUUUCACAUACUUCGUGGGUAUUAGUAUGUAACAAAAUAAAAUAUACUGCAAAGAAAAAUAAAUCAGUUGCUAUGGUAAGACUUGCAAGAUUACAGAACAUCACAGAAACAGUUUUAGGUGCCCAAAAGUUUGUGUUGAACAAACUCUAAAAGGUACUCCCAAAUAAUUUGUAAAUAUUAGUGAUUGUAGGGGUUUUCUUUGGUCCAUUUAUACCUCUUAUAUUUCAGCCCAAUGUCAUAUCUUCAAAGCCAUGGAUAUUGUUUUAAUUAAGAUAAACAAUGCCUUUUUUCAAUAUUUACAUCUCAUGUUAUGUAAAUUGUAAUAAUAAAGUAUUAUUAUGUACAUUUUUGAAUUGUAAAAAAAGACAUCUGUAUUAU